CACACAGAGAGAGAGAGAGACCAGACUUGGCUGAUGCAUCUCUUCUUCAGCAUCCAUUUUACGGAAUUUGGAAGCGAAGGACACACAUUUCUCUCGCAAGCUCUUCUCUCCUUCUAAGGCAGUUUCCUCGAGCGAAAGCGAAGCUUUCAUCGACAGUAUUCCGUAACAAUCCUGUUUACGUGGAGCGCGAGCAGGUCGUCCUCGUCUCCGGGAGGCGACACCGCAUCUCGUUUGUGGCGAUCCGCACCUCGAGACGCAAAAACGGAAUAUCCGACGGUUUCCAAGUUGCCCUGGAAGUUGCGCAUUGACAGCACGAGAUGGGGAUCUGUGGCUAUUUGUCGGUGCCGGGAAAAUGCCUCGUCCUCCUCGGACUUAAAUUGUUAAUCCUUGUACCUGCAGGAGUUCCGGCCAGGAGCGGGGAUUCAGUAUUAAAGGACAACAUCACCGUGAGACAGGGGGACAGCGCCGUGUUAAAAUGCAACGUGGAUAGCAAAGUAUCGCGAGUGGCGUGGCUGAAUCGCUCCACCAUCCUCUUUGCAGGGAAAGAGAAGUGGUCUCUGGACCCCCGCGUUGUCCUGAUGGAAAACACAGCAGUCACAGAGUACAGUAUCAAGAUCCAAAAUGUUGACGUCCACGACGAAGGGCCGUACGCCUGCUCCAUCCUCACAAACAAAAAACCUGAGUCCACAAAAGUUCAUCUCAUUGUUCAAGUACCGGCCAGGAUCACUAACAUAUCGAAGGACAUCACAGUGAAUGAGGGCAGCAACGUCAAUCUCACAUGCCUGGCAGUUGGUCGUCCUGAGGCCAACGUCAUAUGGAAGCAUCAUUCGCCAAGAGGCACUCAUAAGUUUGUGACGGAGGGGGAACAUCUGGUGCUGACGGCUGUCACCAAAGAGCAGUCAGGAUCCUUUGAAUGCAUUGCUUCAAAUGACAUUUCAAGCCCUGAUGUCAGGACAGUUCAGGUCAUAGUCAACUAUCCCCCCUUCAUUUCUAAAGCAAGGAGUACGGGUACUCCGGUUGGACAAAAAGGAACUCUGCAAUGUGAAGCCUCUGCUGUCCCCAGGGCAGAUUUUGAGUGGUACAAAGAAGACCGCAGGAUUUCUAAUGGACUGAACGGAGUUAAAAUAGAGAAUCAAGGUAAACAGUCAAUGCUCGUCUUUUUCAACGUCUCGGAAGAAGACUAUGGGAACUACACCUGUGUUGCUGUUAACACCAUGGGCAUAACCAACGCCAGCUUAAUACUAUAUGGUCCUGGUGCAAUGCACAAUGUGAACGGGGUGGCUGUGUUGCCCCAUGCCUCCGUAUGCCUCCUGUUGACCGUGACCUCACUCUACCUGCUGAAGUUCUGACGUGAAACGUGAAGACAUUGAAGCUUCUCAAAGCAUUGAGCAGCAAGAACAGACUAUUAGUCCUAUAAGAUGGCUCAACCUUAGUUUUUUUUGGUGUUGCAUCAGAGUGGGUUUCUUUUUGCUCGCCAGGAGAGUCGUCAAUCUGGGCUAGGAAAAAAAAAUUAAAAUUACUGCACUAAGUUGAUGAUGCUAGAACUACGGAGUUUGUGAACCCUCCCCAGAAAAAAACUUUUGUAUGUUAAAAGGAAAAAGAAAAAUACAUGUAACUGUUGAUAGUUGACUGUUUAUUGCCCAAUACUGAAGUGUACACUCAGAUUAUUAUUAUUAAUGUGUCAUGUCCUGUUCAAUACAAUUAAUCUUUUUUAAGUAAACAACAAAAAGAAAAAGGGGAAAAAAUACAACGUGGUUGUGGAAUUUUACUGUA